UGAACGCUAACUGAGAGUUGUCCAAUUUAAUAAAGUUUUAAUAAAAAGCGUCAUGGCAGAUAGGUUAACCCAAUUGCAAGACACCGUCAAUCAGCAAGCCGAACAUUUUUGUAAUGCGAUUGGUGUAAUUCAGCAGUCAUCGUACCCAAGCAAAUUCGUAAAUUUUGACAGGACUGGAUCGCAAACGCCUCUACAAAAUCAACCACAAGAGGAUUAUGCUCAAUUGUUUGCACAAUUGAUAGCACGGUGUGCUAAGGACGUUGAUACGCUUAUUGAAUCAUUGCCCAACGAGGAUAGCUCUACUGAGCUGCAGAACCAAAGCUUAUCUAGAUUGGAAAUUGAAAAUCAAGAAACAGCCGUUCAACUUGAACACAUAGUUCAAAAAGGAGAGCUAUUACUUGAAGAAAUACAAUCUGCUUUAGAAAACAUAGCACAGGCUCAACUGGAUAUGCAAAUAACGUUAAAGCCCAGUACAUAAUUUUAAUCUAUAAUUAUUAUAAAAAUUGUUAAACAUAAUAUUUGUUUAAUAAUAAAUUGCGUCCCUAUAUUAGAUAUGGUACAUACAAA